GUAACAGAGAGCCCGUGGCCGCGAUGACUCGCGCUCACCCUCCGCGGGAAUGUGUCUGAUCUGAGGGCGCGUGCGUGCGUGGCGUUGCGGAGAGUCGGCGGUGCUCUGUGAAAGUCAUGGCCGCUCAGUGUGAACCCUUAAGCGGAUACUUACAGCAGUCUGAUCCGGGCUCCAACAGCGAGCGUAGCACUGAUUCCCCUCUGCCCGUGUCUGAGGAUGACUCCAUUGGACCCACGGCGACUCCGGACCCCGAGUGGACCGAGGAGAGGUUUCGAGUGGACCGCAAAAAACUAGAGAUCAUGUUAUUAGCUGCCACAGAGGGGCGAGUGAAUGGAGGUGAGGACUUCUUUCAGAAGGUCAUGGAAGAGACAAAUACUCAGAUUGCAUGGCCGUCCAAGCUAAAGAUCGGUGCCAAGUCAAAGAAGGAUCCACACAUCAAAGUUAGCGGUAAGAGGGACCAUGUGAAAGAAGCCAAGGAGAAGAUAAUGUCUGUCCUGGACACAAAGAGUAACCGUGUGACUCUAAAAAUGGAUGUCUCGCACACGGAGCAUUCGCAUGUCAUCGGCAAAGGUGGAAACAACAUCAAGAAGGUGAUGGAGGACACAGGCUGUCACAUCCACUUCCCCGACUCCAACCGCAAUAACCAGGCUGAGAAGAGCAACCAGGUGUCCAUAGCGGGCCAGCCAGGAGGGGUGGAGUCUGCCAGAGCCAGAAUUCGGGAGUUACUCCCGCUGGUGUUGAUGUUUGAGCUGCCGGUCAUAGUACAGUUAAACCCUGACCCCAGCUCUCCUGCCAUCCAGCACAUCUCCCAGACAUACAACAUCUCUGUGGCCUUCAAGCAGAGGUCCAGACUUUACGGAGCGACAGGAGUUGUGCGGGGCUCACAGAAUAAUGCUGCAGCUGUAAAGAGGGGUACGGCCGUAUUACUGGAGCACCUCACGGGCAACCUGGCCAGUGCCAUCACUGUCAGCACGCAGCUGGACAUCGCACCCCAGCACCACCUCUUCAUGAUGGGCCGCAACGGCAGCAACAUCAAACACAUCAUGCAGCGCACAGGUGCUCAGGUCCACUUCCCAGACCCCAACUGCCCGCAGAAGAAAUCCACCGUCUAUGUGCAGGGAACCAUUGACUCCGUGUGCCUGGCCCGCCAGUACCUGAUGGGCUGUCUGCCACUGGUGCUGAUGUUUGACAUCAAAGAGGACAUUGAGGUAGAACUGCAGUGCAUCAGUUCUCUGAUGGAACAGCUUGAUGUGUUCAUUAGUGUCAAACCAAAACCCAAACAACCAAGCAAGUCAGUGAUAGUGAAGAGUGUGGAGAGGAAUGCUCUGAACAUGUAUGAGGCCAGGCGUUAUCUGCUGGGUUUGGAGAGCAGUGGUGUAUUCGUCUCCACCAGCAUCACCAGCAGCUGCAGCAGCAGCCCUCCGUCUGUUCCUGCCUCUGCUCUCGGCUGCCCGGUUGGGCUCGACAUACUGGCCUCUGCCGGCCUCUGCCUCACAAGCCUGGGUCUUCUGGGACCUACAACAGCCUCCAUGACCGGACCCUCCACCAACUCCCUCCUGAACGCCCUUAACAGCUCCAUCAGCCCGUUACAGACACCCACCUCUGGAACACCCAGCCCCACUCUCUGGUCCACCUCACUGGCCAGCCCACCCAGCACUCCAGGAUUCUCAUCGCCCCUAAUGAUUCAUCCAGCCACCCAGGCCACUUUAACCAGCAUCUUGCUGUCAGGGGUGCCAGGCUACACCCAAAACACCCCGUCCCCUCCACCUGGUCUCGCCCCCAUAGACGCCCAACUCAAUGGAGUAUCAGACUGCAGUAAGGUGUCCCCCCUCAGUAGCAAACAGUCCAGCUCCAUGUACAGCAGAAUGUCAGCAGCGUCUCUGGCUGAUACAGUUCUGACUGCAGCUCAUGGUGACUCUGUGCAGGAAGCCAGCUCUCACUGCCCUUCAGAACCGCUGUCCAGCAAGUCCAGCCAAGACCAAGGCUCGGAUACGUUUGUGGAGGUGGGCAUGCCACGUAGCCCCUCUCACUCGGGGAACAGUAAUGAACUGAAGCAGAUGUUGGCAUCUUGUAAGACGACCUCAGGAAAGAGACAAGCUCUGGAGCUGUUGCAGGGCACCAAGAACUCUCUCCUACAUUCGGACUGUCUGUUGUCAGACUCUGACUCCAGUGCCUCAGAGAGUCCAGUUGCUGAUAAGCGCGCUCCAGGAAGUGAGAGAGCAGCAGAACGGGCCGCUCAGCAGAACUCAGACAGAAUCCGUCUGCCACCCCAGUCCUCCUUCUCCACCAUGCAGGCAUUUGACUACGAGCAAAAGAAGUUAUUGGCGACCAAAGCCAUGUUAAAGAAGCCAGUGGUGACAGAGGUCCGCACCCCCACUAACACAUGGAGUGGUCUGGGCUUCUCUAAGUCCAUGCCUGCAGAAACCAUUAAGGAGCUGCGCAGGGCAAAUCACGUGUCCUACAAACCCACCAUGUCCACUACAUAUGAGGGGUCGCCUCUAGCCUUGUCCCGGUCCAACAGUAGAGAAGGGGUGGGGAGUGGCAGUGACUCAGAUAAUUGGAGAGAGAGGAAUGGGAGCGGGCUCCCAGCACACAGUGAUUUCCCCUCUCCCAUCAGCCCCAAGAGGAAGCAGAACAAAACAGACCACUACCUAAGCAGCAGCAAUUAUAUGGACUGCAUCUCUUCAGUGACGGGAACUAAUGGCUGUAAUCUGAACAUGUCACUCAAAGGAUCAGACCUGCCUGAGCUCUUCAGUAAACUCGGCCUUGGAAAGUAUACUGAUGUCUUCCAGCAACAGGAGAUUGAUCUCCAGACGUUCCUCACACUGACUGAUCAAGAUCUGAAAGAGCUGGGCAUCACCACAUUCGGAGCUCGCAGAAAAAUGCUGCUGGCCAUCUCAGAGCUGAACAAGAACUGGAGGAAGCUCUUCGAGCCGCCCAACAUCCGCUCCUCAUUCCUGGAAGGGGGUGCCAGCGGUCGACUGCCACGCCAGUUCCACACAGACAUUGCCAGUGUGAGUGGGCGCUGGUAAGCUCAUGCCAAUGUAACGGACACCCUGAACUGCACAAAUUCCCAUUCCCAACUCCAACCUGACGUACAGUACUGGACCAAAAACCUGGACCUUCUGAAACUGUGCCAAAUAAAUAACGUCCAUGGAAACUAAGGUCAAGGGUCAAAGAACUGUGUUCAUGCUGAAUAUUAUAUGCAGUGUGGUAUAUUAUGCAAUAUGGUACUCGUGUUAUGAUGACGGAAAUGUUGCGAAGGACACUCAAGCUCCUGCUCUGGGCUUGUAUACGGAGCAGGCAGGGUGUUAUUUAUAUGCUUAUCUUAGGCUUUGUCAUACUAAUUCUUUGCACUUUAAGAAUACUAAAUACUUUGUUUACGGACAGAUGUUUGUCUGAUCCGCUGACUAGAUGCGCUUGGAUACUACUUUAAGCACUUCAAUGGAUAUCAAGCCAAACGGUGUUCUGCACAAAUCAUGCUGAUGAAAAACAGGUUGAAAAGGGAAAUCAACUCUGCACUGCAGUGAAAUCGCCAAUUGGUUGCUAUUGUUGUUGAAGCUUAGUCAGGGUAGACGGCAAACUUCAUUUGACACAAAUGAAAAUGACUCUGUGAAGGAAAAGUACAGUCCGUAUAAUGUGUUGUACUGUUUUAAAGCCUUUCACUGCAAAAAAUAUUUCUCUUACUCAGCAUGUUUGUAUUGUUUUCCAAUAAAAAAUAUUGAAACAUCCUUAAAACAAGAUAAAUUUACUUAAGAAGCAAUACUGCGUAAGAUAAUAAUACUUGUUUUUAGAGGAAACAUGUUGAAUUAAAGGGAUAGUUCACCCAGAAAUUAAAAUUCUCUCAUCAUAUACUCACCCUCAUGCCAUCCCAGAUGUGUAUGACUUUCUUUC